CGCCUACUUGAGUAUAAUAAUAGAUGCCAUGCUCCCGUUUCCAUGACAAGCGGUAGACAGAGCAAGAGCAGGGUAUGGACUUGGGAUGAUCGUGUUCGAGUGUCUCAGCCACUGACAGCUUCCUAAUAUCGUCCCAUUCUCGCCAUCUUACUGGUCGUGCACAGGCUUGGCUGAGACGACCAACUCAUACCUCGCUUGCCCCAUCUGUAGCCUCAUUUUGACACAUCCUACUUACCGGGCAUUCAAAAGAUCUUUUUAGUGCGCAACCAACGAUAUCUGCACUUCAGUCAGCCGGAGCCUCUUGCACAAUCGUCUCCGGUUCCCCACCAAACCAACACACCCCGCAUCCACACCAACCGACAUCAAGUCGCCUCCCUCUCUAUAUCCAUCUCGCUGCAACCACCACCCACGACAACUAAAAAAUGGCCACUGCCACCACCACCACCACCACCGCCCCGGCCAAGGACCGCAUAACCUGCCACAUCCUGGACACCACGGCCGGCAAGCCCGCCCGCGGCGUGCGCGUGCGCCUCGAGCUUACUCCCCCCUCGGCCGCCAACUUCGCGUCCACGGCCCCGUCCUCGGGCGCGGCCUCUUCGCCAUCCCCCGCCGGCGCCGUCGCCCACCACGGCCAGCACGGCGGGGCGGGCGCCACGGCGCGCACCUUUGAGUCGCAGACGGACGACGACGGGCGCGUCAAGGCCUGGCUGCCCUUCAGCGCCUCCAACGACUCGGGCGAGGUGCCCAUCUACACCCUCGACGACGUCCUGGGCGAGGUCGAGGCCACCGGGGCCGGCGGCGGCGGCAGCCGCUGGACCCUGCGCUUCGACUCGGCGGGCUACUUUGGCGACGCCGCCACCUUCUUCCCCGAGGUGGCUGUCGUGUUCGAGGUCCAGCGCGGCCAGCACUACCACGUGCCGCUGCUGCUGAGCCCGUACGGCUACACCACGUACCGGGGCAGCUGAUUUUGAGGGGAGGGGUGCCGGGCUGGUAUUAAAGAAUAUGGCAAGCUGAAACGUCCAGCGGAAUUCACAUUUUAUUGGUGCCUGCUGCGGGCUCAUCAAGGUAGAUUACAAUAUAAGUUGUCAAGAGGGUCCAAUACAAAUUAUCUAGGUUGUGGAAAUUAUGGUUUACUUUCCACCAGGGUGUGCCGGAUGCAUCUGU